UGGAAAUCAUGUGGUUUUAUGGCAAUCUUUUACAUUCAUGGUUAAUGUUAAUGUGGUUUCUGUGUUAACAAAAUUAUUUGUGCAUUAUCCUUUUUUGAUGGAACCAAAUCCUGAGGUUGAUGAUUCUGAUGAAGAGGAAGAAGUGGAAAUAAUGGUUAUUUCUGAUAAAGAGGCAUUGAAUAGUUUUAGAAAAAUUAAUGCAGCAGAAAAUGCAGUUUGUAGUACAUAUUGGAAUAAUCAUUCAAGGGAUGCGACUGCUUGUGAUACACUUCAUCCCAAUGAAUUGAAUACUCCAACGUGUUCGUGUUCGCAAGAUUACAUUGAUGCUUAUACUUGCUAUUACCUUUGCGCGCUUUACGCUACUUCUCCUUAUUAUGAUUAUAAGCCACAAGUUGUUACAGCAGUUGAAAGACUAGUUUGUAGUACAUAUUGGGAUAACCGCAAAAGAGAUGCGACUGCUUGUGAUACACUUCAUCCUGAUGAUUUGAAUACUCCAACGUGUUCGUGUUCGCAAGAUUACAUUGAAGCUUAUACUUGCUAUUACCUCUGCAUGCUUUAUGCUUCUCCUCCUUAUUAUGAUUAUAAGCCUCAAGCUUAUGUAGAUAAUUGCGUCCAAUUGAAUUACAACGAAUUGACUGUUCCUUCCAAACCGAGUUGUCCAGGCUUCCUUAAAAUUCCAUCGUCAGCUACUGUUAACUCAGCUACAAAAGAUCCUAAUCCCUCCUCCUCCAAGUCUCCUGGUAAGACGAAACCACCCGGCGAUUCUCCCACCCAAUACAAUUCUCCUACAAACAACAACUGCAAUAAUGUAACUGUUAUUGGCACGGGAAAUGUUAAUUGUAAUAAUAAAAAUAAUUCUCCCACAACCAUCAUCAUUACUAGAUUAAAUUUCCUUUGUGGUUUAUUUUUGGUUGCUACAUUCAUUCUAUGA